AUGGGUCUUACAGGCACCAUUCCUCGACUACUUGGAAACCUUUCAUUUCUGGUUACUCUGGAUUUGAGUGGCAACAAAUUCCAGGGAAGUCUGCCUCAGGAGAUUGUUUAUUUGCACAGACUUCGGGUGAUCAAUUUAAGUUUCAAUAACUUCACUGGACAAAUUCCUUCCUGGUUUAGCUUCUUAACCUGCCUCAAAUACUUGAAUCUGAAAAAGAAUAAUUUUACACGUUUGAUCCCUCAUUCUCUCUUCAACCUUUUAAAGCUUGAAAACUUGAUUCUAUCAUCCAACUCCAUUCAAGGAAUCAUUCCAGAGGAGAUUGGAAAUCUUCAUAGCCUGAAGUAUGUAGACAUUGAAACCAACCAACUUAAUGACUCCAUACCAUCUUCAGUCUUCAACAUAUCAACGCCAGAAACUAUAGCGCUUGGACAUAGCCCGUUUGGAAAUCUGCCUACUGAUGUAUGUCUCAAUCUUACAAAACUGAAAAAGCUUAGUUCAAUUCCAAAAGCGGUUGGUGCCCUAUGCAAUUUAAACAUUCCGAGCUCAACUGGAGGUCUGCAAAUGCUAUUGACACUUUCUUUGGCAGAAAAUAAGCUACAAGGAUCUAUUCCAGACUCGAUGGGUGACUUGUCAAAUUUGGUGUUCUUGGACUUAUCCAAUAAUAAUCUUUCAGGUCUAAUCCCAAAGUCCUUGGUGGCACUUCAAUUUCUCAGUUACGUCAAUCUUUCUUUAAACAAUUUAUGGGGUGAAAUUCCAUCUGAUGGCCCUUUCAAAAACUUCACGAGUCAAUCAUUCAUGUCUAAUGGAGGGCUAUGUGGUAGUACAAGAUUUCUUGUUCCUCCUUGA